AUGGAGCAAGUAGUGCUUGCUGAAUUUGAGGAUGCAACUGAUAACUUAUAUCCAGCACUGUUUCAGUGUUUCACUAUCAUAAUAUGCGGGUAUGUGGCUGGACGUCUCAAUGUUGUUACACCUACUGAGUCUAAAGGCAUUGCAACCUUUGUGGGAACAUUCGCCUUGCCAUCUCUCAUAUUUCUGUCACUGGCCCAAUUAGACUUUAGUACUGUCAAUUGGGCUUUUCUAGUCGCAAUACUACUUGCCAAAGGAGUAGUUUUCAUUGGAGUAAUCAUUGUGACAAUGAUGGUUUCCAAGCCAUUAAAUUUGGGAAGAGCAGGAAUAUUUGCAAUAUUCUGUACUCAAAGUAAUGAUUUUGCUUUGGGAUAUCCAAUUAUUAAUGCAUUAUAUCAAAAAACUCAUCCAGAUUAUGCACUUUACCUUUAUUUGAUGGCCCCAAUCUCACUGGCGAUUUUAAACCCCAUUGCUUUUGUCUUAAUGGAAAUUCACAAACAAAGAGAACAAACACAAGUUAUUAUUGUGGAGGGAGAAUCAAAAUGGAACUUAUGUAAUUUGAAGCUUUUGAAACAAAUAGCAAAAGGCAUUGCUUUUAACCCUGUCUUAGUUAUGACUGUUCUGGGGAUAUUUGGUAAUGCGGCAUUCAAACACCAACUAUCUCUUUACAUAGAAGGACUUCUGGAGGUAUUUGGACAAUCUUUUGCGGCUACAGCUCUAUUCUUACUGGGGCUUCGCAUGGUUGGCCAGAUUCACCGACUGAGAGGCCCAGCUCUCUUACUUCCAUGUGUACUCAUUAUGGUUAAACUAAUCAUUUUACCAGUGGUGAUGAGAGAAAGUGUGAGUGCACUGAAUGCUGGUGAAAAUGAGUCUGAAACUCUAUCGCUCUCUACUUACGCAUUCUUGUAUGGAACCAUACCUACUGCGCCUGCUGUGUUUGUGUUCUCUAAUAUUUAUCAGUUGGAGAUGGAUUUGGUCGCCUCCUCAAUGGUUAUUUGCACGUUCCUCUCUGGUCCUAUGAUGUUUAUGUCUGCGCAAAUGAUAGCGAUUAAUAAAGACUUUGCCGAACAACUGAAGAAGUUUGGAUUUGAUUUAUCCAUAGUCUCUUUAAUUGCUUCAAUAUGGGUGCUUUUCGUUUUCACAUUUACAAAGAAGUACAAGCGGAUGCCUCAUCGACUUACGCUUUGUUUAAUUGUGUCGCAGUUACUCUUAGCUAUCAGCGUUGUCUGGGGUGGUCCUCAAUCCGGCUAUACUCCGUCGUGGCACGCGACGAUUCAACAAUCUCUUAGAAUAUUCAGCAUGUAUUCCUGUCUUCUGUGGACUUCCAUGCUGUCAGUUGGAUUAAUAAUGUUGCAGAGUCGUGGUCCAUGCUUCGUGGUAACGCUGUGGCCAGUACUAGGGUUCGUCGCUUGGGGCGCGCCCGCAGUGAUGGUUGCAGUGCUGCUAGCGACCAAGGGCAGUGGAGAUUUGGAUUGCAAGGCCACUGAUGCAAUUCGCCUUUGUCUACUUGUGUUUUGUAUAACAGUGACAACCGGAUGCCUAACACUGUACAUAAGAUUCCGCCGACGAAGCGCUCAGUUCGCGACUCUUUCUGCUGAGGUAGCUAACAGCUCGACUCCACGAGAAGAGUCCACUAGUCUGAUUGACAAUGCUGAGCCUACGUCACAAACACAGUCUAUCUCAGGCAAUGGUUGCUACGGAACUAUAACUGCUUCUCCUUCUCCAAAUAAGCAAGGAGGAUGUUGUUCAGAUGAUCCUAAUUGUGAAAACGGACUCGUUAAUUCCGAGGACAUCGAAGAUAUUGCCAAUACUAGAGAUUGCGCGUGCCCGGCGUCGCAGAAGCCCCGCUGCGCGGCGGCGGGCGCGUGCCAGUACCUGAGCGAGCUGGAGCGGGCGGCCGGCGCGCUCGGCCUGCUGCCGCCCGAGACCACGCGCGGCCGCGGCGGACAGCUGCUCAAACACACCGUGUUGAUCAUCGUCUACAGUCUCAGCAUGUUCAUUGGUAUAACAUACACUACGUGGCGCAUGAUGUUGAGGGACGAAAGCGGACUAUUUGUUGAGAUACAAUUCCUCGAUAUAGUGGCCAACUAUGGUCAGGCUUUGGUUAUGUUCAUACUAUUUGGACUUGAUCCUGAAGAAGUACUGAUACCCGCAGUCAGAUUCUUGAAGACUAAAUGGUACGGUGGAGACACGGUGGUACUGCCAUCGGUUGAAGACUUAAGCUUUGAAACCAAACACGUAUGCGAUCAGUUUAUUACGCACCACUUGGAACGAUGCAAGGAGGCUAUAGCCAAAGAUACUAGAUGGCGUAUGCGAACAUAUCGAGGUGUUUUCCGUGGUUCUUGUAUGGUUCGCUGGCUAAUAAACUGCGGUCUCGCUAAAGACGAACACGAGGCUGUACAGUAUGGAACGCAUCUACUCGACGGAAGACUCAUUGCCCACAUAAACAACGCCCACCACUUCAGUAACUCGCCACUCCUAUAUACGUUCAAGUGAUAACUAAAUCGAUGAUAAAUAACGAGGAUAAUGCAAAAACGACCAUUUAUGAGCCCUGUAAUAACGUUUAACGAUUUACUAUAAAUACCUAUUGUGUAUGUGUAAUUUUGAAACUCGGUCGUCUCGACGUCUUAAAUGUCAUUAUAUCAUAGAUCUUAACUCAUGUAAUCUUUAUAUUAUUAUUGUGCAAAAGUCCUUGGUUUUUAAUGGACUAGAACCAGUGUACUGUUAUUUAGAUCAUUUAAUGUCGUAUUAGGUGCCUGUUAAUGAUUUGGUACAAACUCUUGUGGUGCUGAAGAUAUACCAAAGAACAACAAUCUAGGAUGUUACUUUAGGUUCACAAGGUCUAUAGGUUUUUUCUUAUGUUACGCAAUAUUUCCUAUAAUUCUGUCUCAAUUCCUUUUUUUUAUUAUUUCCUUUUUACGUUUUAGUUUAAGCAAUAAUAUUUUUUUUAUAUUAUAGUUUGAAAGUUCCACUUUUAUAUUAACGAUCAAAUUAGUUUAUCUUAUCAUAUAUUAUUAUGAUCUCAUCUAUAGAAAUGACAAUGCGUAUUAUUUAAGUGCAAUCUUUUAGAGGCGUCUACUUUGUUUAUUAUUUGUGAGUCAGCCCAAUAAUUUUGCCGCAUCAUAAAUCAUUCAUGUUUGUUACAAGGAUGUAAUACUUUUAAUCAAAUAGGCAUACCUUUUCUGAAAAGCAAUCGGUCAUUAUUGUCCAUAAAGGCUGUAAUUUAUGUCAAAAAAUAAUAAAUUGAAUGUAUUCUUUGAAAUAAGGCAUUUAUCGAGGUCUCGGUGGUUGGGAUGACCUCAAUAUCUUCCUUCAUCAUAUUUUAUGUGAAAGAUAUCUAACAUCUGAUUAGAUAUUUCUUUGGUUGACUUGACCCCCGUUUAUCAUAUUUUAUGUGAUGACGUAUUUAAUCGGAGUCCAAUUGCUUGGCCCUACUCCGACAUCUAACUUUAGCUUAAGUUUUAUGUAACUCAAUAUCUAACGGGGUCUUGUUGGUUGGCUUGACCCCGGAAUCUCCGUUAAGCAUAAGAAAGUGGCUGAUUGGGAUCUUACUGAUUGGAUCAUGGUAUUUCCCCCAGCAUAUUUAUAUUUUAUGUCGUAAAGUAUUUCAUCAGGGUCCAGUUGGUUGGCCUGACUCUGCCAUCUCAAUUCCGAAGCAUAACUAUCAUGUCACAAACCUAGGUUUCAAGUUCUGUUAAUUGGCCUGUCUUUUCGAGAUAUGCUGCUAUAUAAGUUUGCUGGUAUUUAAUAUUAAAAUGUAUGUAUGUUCGCGAUAAAUUUCUAAUUUUAGACGAUAUUUUAUAAAUGUACGCAUAAAUAAUUGUGAUGUUUGGCUGUUAUUAUUUGCUGUUAUUAAUGUAAGAUAGUUGUAAUCAAUACUAUCAAAUCAUUUUAAUGUUAUAUAUUACGUAUACCUAUAAUAUUAUAAAGUAUUGUUGUAUUUUAUAAAGGAGCAU